AUGAUUACAAUUCUAAAGAAUACUUUAAUAAUAUAUGUAGGACUUUUAGGUCUUAGUACAAUAGGAUCUCUAUUCAUAUGUUUAGAUUAAGAUUAUCAUUAACAAUGUCCAUCACAUGUAAUCACAAUUUUAUCAGAUUUAUCUGUCAUUCCAAUAAUUAAUGAUGCAAGAAUGAUGUUGAUUCCAAUAAUAAAAGAAUUACCUCCAUAAUGGAUUACUAUAUUAAUUUGGAGUUCAUUAAUGAUGACAACUGCAUUAAUAAUAUCAGUAAUGUAUUUAGCAGCGUAAUGAAUUUAAAUUAAUAUAUAGAAAGUUCACUUAUGAAAUGUUAAUGAAUUUAGUUAAAUUAAUAGUAAUAAUUAUUUUGAUAUCACUCAUUUGUGCAUGGUUGAUGAAUGUUUAAGAGAUACCUUCAAAAUUGUAAUAUUAUUUGAAGUACUUACAAUUAUUCUAAUAAUGA